UUUUUUUUCUCUUUGGAAAGCUCUAGGGCUUUAUCGAUGAGUUUCUGGGUCGAUACCAGUGUUAGUGCUGAGUGCUUGUUGCUGAUCCUACCAAGAUGCGGAGUCCCUACACGACUCCGGCAAAGAGGUAGCAAUGUGCCGGCGCAUUUUAACUCCGGCAUCAUCGCAAGACGAACGCCUGUACCCCUCAACCUUGCCUAGAUAUCAACCAGAAUUUACGUCCGGCGGGCAAUGAACCACAUAGGCCGAGCAAUGUCUAGAACCAACAAACGAAACAGUUAUUACGAUGCGCAGCACCCUCGUCCGUUGGAGGCUUCAAGCAACAACAUUGAAUGCUGUUUCGCCCUGUUUGCUUUCCCCGCACGAAGCUCUCUGGCAGCAUGUGGGGAAGAGGCGCAGAGAGGUCCUUUCUUUAGCCCUUCCAAUCAGACUCCUUCCGUGCAGUGUUCCCGUUCCUUCUACCCAUUCCGUUCACGUAUUAGUUGCUCCGCAAACAGCAGAAUGGGGGGUCGAGGGUUGGGUCACAGGCGCUCUUCUGAGACAAGAAGAGGUGAUGCCUGCAGGACGAAACUUUUUCGCUGCAGAAGAUUUUCGUGUCGAUUGAGCACGGCUCGACAACGACAGUCGAAGGAUAAAUGGUACUUAGCUCAAGGUUUUGUUCAAGGCUGCAUGCCAAUAUAGGAUCACGAAAAGGACUCAUCCAACCUCAGAAGCCAAGGACCGACCGAGUAGUGGUCGGUCCGAGGUAGGUAGGGGGAGGGAUCCCUUGCCCUGACUGGGGCCGAUGUUAUCCAUCCACGGAAUUGGUCGUUCUACUUCUAAUACCUCGCAAGCUCUGCGGCCAGCGGCCGGUCAGUGGACACUAUAGAAAAUACCUGCAAAAAUAGAGCUGCGUGGUAUCUCUACUUCAAUAUCUACGUAGCUUCGUCUGACCC